AUGCCGCAUGGCAACUAUUCCUGGCUGGUCACCCGGUCGGCCGCUAUGCGUGCUGUGAGCCAGAGCGGGCCUGGGAAAAGAAAGCGGGAAGCAAAUGCAGAGACCGCGGAGUCGACCGCAGGUACCACCCCGACAAAGACGAAAAGAGCUCGCACUGCUGGCCGGGGCGAAGCUGCUUCUGAUGUCAAUGUAACCCCUACGCGCAAGCGAAAGGGCACCCGGUCGACACCACGCAAGCAAGGCGUCGACGAUGACAUUGAAGUUGUCCAGGAGGAAAAGAGGCUUCGGCCCUUUAGGAAAAAGGCCCCUCAAACAUAUCUUACAAAACUCGCCAGAGCCACUACACAGAGAAUGUUUGUCGUGAAGAGGCAACGGGAGGAGACCACGGACGGCCUGGAGGAAAGCGUGCACAUCGUGGGCACCACCGGCAAUGUCUAUAAAGUUGUGAUCGGGAAGGUCCUAUGUAAUGUCCUAAAAGUCAAAGAUUACCUACAGUAUCAGCUUGCCUUUCUCUCCUCCGAACUGUGCGACAUCUUCGACAAUGCCCCGCUCAGCCCGGUAGAAAGUGCCUCCAAUGAUGGCCAGGGAAAGCGAAAGCCUAUCGAUGGCGAUUGUCCUAUUUGCUUCAUGGAGUUCGAUGCUGCCAACGAUGAGGUCGUAUGGUGCAAAGCCGCGUGUGGGAACAAUAUACACAAAGCCUGCUUCCAGCAGUGGGUGGCUAGCCAGGCCGGAAAGGAAGUUCGCUGCGUUUAUUGUCGGUCGCCCUGGGAGGGUGACAAGCCUGAUAUACAAUCCCUCUUAGAGACCGCCACAGUCAGCGAGGAGGGCUAUCUCAAUGUCGCAGGCGGCAUGGGUUUAUCCCAAGAACGGGGUAGGCAUACCUCUCUGUAUACUCCCUUCCUGUUCUUCUUGCUUUGGCUUUAUAUCGGCAUUUUUUCGUGA